AUGUCGGGGAUUUCGUUAAUUAAUAAAACUGGUAGCUGCUGGAUGCCUCUGUUGCCCAGCUGGUCUGCUGCUCUUCGAAUUGCUCUGCCCCCGUUAGUGCUUCCUCGAAUGAUACGCGAGCUCCUCGAAAGAGGCUCCGGAGAAGCAGAGAAAAGCAUCAGUGAACUAUUCGGAAACGGAACUUUGCUAGCUGUUCCCAAGAAAAAGGUGUCACAUCAGAAGAAAAGACAGAAGUUAUACGGACCAGGGCGAAAGCAGUUGGACAUGAUUCAUCAUCUAAAUCGUUGUCCAUCAUGUGGUCAUUUCAAAAGAGCCAAUACCCUCUGUAUGCAUUGUGUGGGCGAGAUUCGUCACAUUUGGAAAGCCCACACAGUCAAGGAGACUCCAGAACCACAGCAGGAGGCUGAAUUGUCAGACUUAGACCGAAGAAUCCUUUAUCCUGGAAAGAAGGAGACUGAAUACGUCAAAAAACUUAAAGACAAGGAAACUUAUCUAGAACGUCGCAUGCGGACUCUUCAUGUGAAAGAUUAG